AAGUCUGCAAAUAUAAUAGUUUCAAUCAAAGCGAUCAAUCAAAAUAUUUGUUAAUUUUUUUUAAAUAUUUUAUCAUGUAUGAUAUAAUAUUAUGAAUGAAAUUUUUCAAUAAAAUUUAAUAUUAUCAUUUUUAUUAUACACAUUAUAAAGUUUUGUAAACAAGAAUAUCUUUAAAUAGGAAAAUGAGCAUUGAUAAAUACAACAAUGCUUAUGAAACAAAUAAUUAGAUCGACCAAUUUUUUCGAAUUACCUCUAAUAUGUCGACUUCUUUUCUUCUUGGUGGUGGAGAACGAUAAACCAUACCAUCUUUGUUCAUACCGUAUAGCUCGAACAUUUUUAUCUUUUUUUCGUAAUUAUUUGUUCUCUCUGCACGCCAAAUUCUUAACACUGUUAAUAGCAAAGAAAGAGACUUAUUCACUAAAAUAUUAACGCAUGCGCCAGCUCAUAUCGAUCCAACUCGAAAAACAUUUUGAAUUCGGACAAAUUUUUAUAAUUCAAGACAUUAAAAAAUAUCGAUAAAUCAUAAACAAUUAAUUAAUUAUACAAUUAAACUUAUUCAAUAAAUGCACUUUCAAACUACUUUAAACUAUUAUACAAUGUAUAUUAUUAACUUAUAAAUAUUAAGUAUAAUCAUUUUAUUUAUUAUUUUUACAUUUCUUUUUUUUUUUAUUUAUUUUUUUUAAUAGUAAUUUAGUAUCUUAUAUUAUUGCAAUUUACAAAUAGAUUAUAAAAAUUUCGUAAAUGAUUUAUAUAGUUAUCUAAAAAUUCCAUUUUUCGCGGGUUUAUGAACGCGUAGGAAGUUAUAAAGCACGCGUCGCUUCCAGCUGCGCAGGAGGUUGUGCGUAAAAGGCAAUUCCCAUCGCUAUAUACCGCCAUAUUGUUUGCGGCAGUCGCGUACGUAAUUGGUUUGUCUCGUACAUAAUCUCGUCAAGUUUUUCUCUCGUCCAGUGAGCCCCAUUGGGAAAGUUUGCAAACAUUUCGCGAAAAAGCAACAUGAAGAAAACUAAAGACGUCUCAGACGAGGAUGAAUAUUCCGCGGAUGAUCCGGAAGAAGUUGAAGGAGCUUCUGAAGAAGAGUGGACUCCUGAGGCCGGAGCUGAAAGUGGUGCUAAAAAAAGGCCACAAAGAGAAGCUGCUAAAAAACGGCAACAUUCAGAAGAAGAAGAAGAUGAAGAAGAAGAAGAAGAUGAAGAAGAAGAUGAUGAAGAAGAUGAAGAAUCUGAUUCAGACACAGGAAAAAAACCUAAAAGAAAAAGACGGUCUAAAAAAGAAGAAGAUGAAAAAGAAGAUGAAGAUGAAGAAGAUUCUGAUGAUAACAGCUAUAACGAAUCAUCAGGAGAGACACCAAAAGAUUUUACUUCUGGUGCAUUUGUUGUUGCAAAAGCUGAUAUUGGAAAUACAGAUGGUGGAAAUACGGAUCCAACAUUAUGGAGGAUAGAUGGAAAAGCAUUACUUCAAAAAUUUUUACCUUUUAAAGAAGAUGGAAAAACGUUAUAUAAAAGCACAUCGACGUAUUCAGGAUGGUCGGUAAAUAACAAAGAUAAAUAUUUGGCUGCACAAGUUACUUUCAAAGUGCAAAGUAGAACAGAAACCAUUGUUGAACUUCACCUUGAUCAACAUCAACAGGAAGUUGUAAAAGAAGAAAAAGAAGACUAUAUGCUAAGGAAGAAUACAUCUACAUUCACAGAUACUGAAUCAAAAGAUUCACUAGUUUCUUGUUGCUGCUUCAUAAAAUCAUUAAUAGCUAUGCCUUUUAAUUUUGAUGGCUGUAAAAAUCUUUUUGGUAUGCGAGAAAAGGAACCAUUUUCUUGUGGACUAUUUGAACAACCACCAAAUCCAAGACCAAGUAAUCUUGUUGUAUUAACUGAUGUAUUAGGAACAUUAAUAGGUGCAGAUUUAGUCAUGGUUAAUUGUUUUGUUCCUGUAGGAUAUGGAAUAUCCUUAGGUUCACUUGAAAUGUCAUCUCACGGAAAGAAAAACAGAAAACGAAUACUAACAAGACGACCACGACAUGUUGUUGGAAAAGAAGAAAAAUACCGUCAAGAAAGAGAUAAAUCCGAUAAGGAAGAUGAAGAACCAGAACAAGAAGAAAAUGUAUGGUCCCCCUCUUUUCCCGUUGCUAUGUGGGACCUCGAACAUUGUGAUCCUAAAAAAUGUUCCGGUAAAAAAUUAGUUAGACAUGGCUUAAUAAAAAUAUUAAGGUUAGGAGCUCGAUUUUCAGGAUUAGUUCUUACACCUAUUGGUCAAAAGUGUGUGAGUCCAACAGAUCGUGAUAUUAUAAAAGAUUAUGGUUGUGCAGUCGUCGAUUGUAGUUGGGCACGUUUGGAUGAUACUCCAUUUAGUAGAAUGAGAACUUCCAAUCCGCGUCUUUUACCAUUUCUAGUUGCUGCAAAUCCAAUAAAUUAUGGAAAACCUUGUCAAUUAAGUUGUGUAGAAGCAAUAGCUGCUACUUUAAUUAUAACAGGUUUUCCUGAAGAAGCAAAAUUUUAUCUCGGAAAAUUUUCUUGGGGUCACUCAUUUUUAGAAUUGAAUGAUGAAUUAUUAAAAACAUAUUCACUUUGUACAAAUGCAGAAGAGAUUAUAUCUGCGCAAGAAAAAUUUCUCGUUGAUGCGAGAGAAGAAAAGUUAAAUAGACAUGCUAUUUCAGAUUUUCCACCAGCUAUUUCAGAUUCAGAAACGGAAGAAGAAAAAGAAGAAUCGGUAUCCAUAAAUAUUAUUUCUGAAAUGGAUGAACAAAUAAAAAAUAUAAAUAUAACGUAAAAAUGAUUUGAAUGUAUUUGUAUAUAUUUUAAUCAAAACAUAUUCGUUGAUAUAUACGUUUAUAUUUUGUAUAAUUUCAAUUUUAUUAAUAAUUAAAAUACAAAGUUGAUUUUUAAUUUAGAAAAUAUAAUUUAAAUAAAAAAAAAUCAUAUUGUAAACAAAAUUGAAA